CUGCAUUCACCUAUUGUGUUACUAGGCUAUCAGCGCUGUUUGUUGCCCGGUAUGGCUGGUCUUUUGGUAUGGAUUUGAUAGAAAAAGUGGGUAAGAACCCUCUCUUUGACUUUAUGAAACGAGAUAAUGAAAGCUUCAGUUAUAAACACUUUGUUAAGUUGUAUAAAAGAGUAGUAGUACCUUGCACUGAUUCUUCUAUUAUGGCUUCCGCUCUGAGUGCUUUUCUCGACCUUGUUCAAUUUGACAAGCUGGAGGAGGAACUGGAGACGGAUUUGCUUGCUUUUUUGGCCGGUGUUGACAUUUUUGCCACCAACGAUCAUUAUCACCUGUGCUCCCCUAUCAUUAUUAUGUAUUUUCAUCCUCGACGGGUUUCUCAGCUUACUCGUAAUCAGUGUGGAGCUCAGGAUAUCCAACCUGAUGCUUCAGCUACUCAUGAAACCAAUCUUGGGCCUCCUCCUAUAAGGAUCCCACUCAAGGAGCUUUGUAUUAUUAAGCUCACAGCAAUGUUUGAGGUGCGUUAUGGGAAUUCUUUUCGUCGGGCUUUGAUGAUGAGAGUGCUUACGAACCCUCUGUUUGAGUUUCUGUUUUUCCGCCGGGUUUCCCUGAGCCCCCAGCUUGAGUCUAUGGAUCCAACUGAAAUCAGGUUCAAUAUUUUCUAUGUGCUUGUCAAGGCGUAUGAAAGAGUAUUACUGCCUUCCAAAGAGCUGAGGAAGCGUAAUGUUGCUCGUAUGGAAGCCGUUCUUGAUCUUUUUUUUUACCUUCUUCAGCUGAAGAAGAAGCUGGAUGGGGAAGUGGAGGCGGCUAUGAUUGAUUUACAUGCUUUUGUGUUUGGUGUUGACUGUUUUUCUCACAUAGGUGUUGCUGCUUUUUCUGCUAUCAUGCCACCGCCUGAACGCUUUUCAGUGAUGAUGAAGCCUGAUAUGCUUGUGCAGCUUCCACUUGGAUUUCAGCGUUUUAGUGAUCAAUAUCAAUGUCUUGGUGACUAUUUAAGUCUUCCGCCUCCAAUACACCAGCCCCUAUCAUUUAGAGUCCCUCCAACGGGUAUUUCACUCAAGCAGCUUCUUAUUAUUAAGCUCACAGUGCAGUUUGAGGUGCGAUUUGGGUCCGUUUUUUUCUAUGAUUUAAUGGAGAGAGUGAUGAUGAACCCAUGGUUUAAUUUCUUGCUGCAUUAUGAUAGCCUGUACACUUUUUAUGAAGGACUUGGUGCUGCGUAUUCCAGUGUAUUAAAGCGUUCCAAAAAGCUGAAGAAGAGUGAUGCUUGUAGAAAGACCGUUCUUGAGGAUUUUUUUAACCUUGUUCAGUUGGAGAGGCUGGAAGAGGAGGCGGCUAUGAUUGAUUUGCAUGCUUUUGUGUUUGGUGUUGACUGUCUUGCUCACAUGGAAAAUGUCCAGUAUUCUGCUGUCAUGUCAGAACCUGAACACCCUUCAGUGAUGAUUAACCGGCAAACACAUACGCAGCCUCCACUGAGAAUUCCAUGCCCUGUUCAGAGGCAAGGUGUUGUACCUCUCAGGCGAAGACGUACCUAUAAAUUUCUAUUUGGAUUGGGCAGGAUCACACUCAAGCAGCUUGGUGUUUUGAAGUUCACAGCUAUCAGC